AUGCAAAUAAUUGUGUUUUCCAUACAGAUUGCCUACAACUGCUGUGGAAUUAACGGCUCGGCUGAUUAUCAGGAUCUGUCUAGUGUGAACUUAUACGGAAUCAAAAAGUACCCGCUACCGCGAGAUAAAACAUUGAAUGACUGUCCUCAUGAAGACAUAGCAUGUCUUUAUCCACUUUCAUGCUGUUUUUCUGUAGAAUGUACGGAAUAUCGAUUAGCUGAGCUGAAUGUAGAAGGUGAUAGAUUCCAUGAGCGAUGGUAUAAAAGUAAAGGAUGCGUCUCCGCAAUAUUUUCUGCGCAUUUUGGUCUGCUCGAGCCAAUUUAUCCUGUAAUUUUGAUAUUCUUUUCACUUGCCACGCAAGUUUUCGGGCUCCUCUUUGCUCAGCUAACGUUGACCGGCUACCUGACAUUGGCUGAAAGUGGACUUUCUGAUGUGGAUGAAUCGGUAGCAUGGUUGCUGCCAUUCUCAUAUCCAGGACCAGAAGAUAUAGUGCAGGUAAAAAAAAUUGAUAAUUGA